AUGUCAUUCCUGAAGAUCUCCCUCCAUCCUUUGGUGAUGUUGAACAUGACGGACCACCUCGUGCGCCGCCACGCCGCGGGACAAUUCCUGACUACCCACCCGGAGGCCGGGGUUUUGCUAGGGACUUUCUCCGCUGAAACACUCACUGCUAUCACAUCCUUUGAAUUGAUGAAUUCGGAAACGCUAGAUCUUGUGUUUCUCUACGAGCGGUUUGCCCAGUUUCAGGUGAUACAUCCAACCCUCAGGAUCGUGGGCUUCUACCAGUUUGUCCCUGGUGACACCACUUUGGCGCCAAAUCUGGUCACCGCUGACCUUUUCGCCCAGCUUCUGAGGGUGACACCGGACCUAGCCUGUCUCUUGUUUAGCACAUCCAUUAUCAGAGACAUCCAGGAGCAAUCAUACAGACCUGAAGCCUCUCCUAUGACCGGUUUUAAGUCGGUAAACGCUGUGUUCCAACCGGUGGAAGUGACCAUUGAGAGCUCUGCGGUGGAAAAAGUCAGCGUGGAUACGAUCUUGAACAUGGAGAAGCACCAGGCGCAGGACGGAGUAAACACCAAUAUAAAGUCGUUGAAGUUGCAAAACCAGUCGCAGGGCUAUGCGGUGAAAUUGCUACAGGAGAAAGUGGCGGUGAUUCUCUCGUAUAUUGAGAGGGUGGGUCGCCAUCCAGGGCUUUUGACGGCCAACCCCGCACAUUUCCAGACGUUGCGUGAAAUCAACGCUCUCACGCUGAAGCUCCGACUUAUUUUACUGAACUCGGACACGGCGCUUUUAGCCGAGUUGGAUAAGAGGGAGGUGGACGCUAACAUGGCUGCUCUUUUGUCGUUGGUCCUCACCCAGGUUGGUCAGGUCGACCAUUUGAACAGUCUCACCACCAAGCUCUUCAUGAAGUCCAAGUACGCCGAGAAGUUGCAGGUCAAGUUCCAGCUCGAGAACAGCACCCAGCCAGGGCCGUCCUUCGGAAGCAAGUCCUGGUUUGUAGAGAGGUUGAGUAAGAGCCACUGGAAGAGCUAG